AUGCGUCCUCGAGGUCUGUCUACAUCCUCCUCGGUCUCCUCCGUUCCUGAUCAGGAUCAGGAACUGGGGAGCAUGUACGAUUACCUCGCCAAAAUCAUUCUACUCGGUCCCAGUGGUGCCGGCAAAUCUUGUGUACUACACCGAUUCGUCAAGAAUGAAUGGCGCAUCCUCUCCUCGCAAACCAUCGGAGUCGAAUUCGCCUCCCGAAUAGUCAAACUAGGCACUGGCUCCAGACGAAGACGAAUCAAGCUCCAACUCUGGGAUACCGCUGGCACCGAACGAUUCCGAUCAGUCUCCCGAUCCUAUUACCGCGGCGCAGCGGGCGCUAUUCUCAUCUACGAUGUAUCCUCCUACGCCUCCUUCGCUGCGCUCCCGACUUUCCUCAUGGAUGCUCGCGCCCUCGCCUCCCCGAACUUGACCGUCCUACUAGCCGGUAACAAGGCCGACCUAGCCGACACAAACGCGACAACUUCAGACUUUCCGGACGAAAUGCGCCCGCCGCCAACUCCGUCCAGCACUACCUCGAGCAAGCAGUCCUUUAUGCCCUUCGAUAUAGGCGUAGGCGGAGGAUCGAGCUCGAUCCGCUCAACGAGUCAGAUCAACGCUGGUACAAGAUUGACUGCUACCUUUGCGGAGGGGAGAGACGUGAGCAGCGAGGAUACGUCGCGGUGGGCGGCUCAGUCUAAUAUACCCGUGGCGGUGGAGGUCUCUGCCUUAACGGGGGAGGGUGUUGAGGAGAUAUUCCAGCGACUGGCGCGCAUCAUCUUGACUAAGAUUGAAUUGGGGGAGAUUGAUCCUGACGAUCCCCAGAGUGGUAUUCAAUAUGGUGAUGGUGGGUUAUUUGGUCAUGGGACGAGUGAUGCGUCGAGUAUUCGGAGCAGGGCUACACUGGAUGAUAAUUCUUUGCCUCUUCAUCGGACGUCGCGGCGGCGAGGGAAGGGGCCUACGCAGGGGCAGGGUUGGAUGGGUGGGAUGAGAGAAUGGGAGGAUGUCUUUCGUCUAGGUGGUUCAUCAUCGCGGAGAAAUCAGGGCUGUUGCUAG